AUGAGGAGCCCGGUGCCGGAGCGUAGCCUCAUCAUCGAGAGCGACGACGGCGACGACGACACCCAAUCAGCUGUCGCCACCAACUGGACAGGACACGGCCACGACGAGGAGGAGCCGGAGCAGGAGCCGGGUUCGGACUCCGACUCCUCGUCGUCCUCAUCCUGCGCCACCCCACGCCGCGGCCCAAGCUCCCCCGCCUACACCCAGCAAUGGCCGCAGAGUUACAGGCAAUCGAUUGACAUUCUUAGUAGCGUGCACUCACCCAAUCUGAGCUUUUUGGGGACUCCAACUCUGAGCAGACUGUCAAACUCUUUCCUUGCCAUCACCGAUUCUUUUCGGGGCAAAGCCCCUGAAACAAUCUCAAACUUUAUCAAGCCACUUCUUGGCCCGACAUCAAGUGAUGAGCAGCAGCAGCAACAUGAAGAUACCCGAAAGAGUUCUCAGCACAUUAUGCCCUCAAGGAAAUCAUCUUUGCAACAAAUCCCUGAGGAUCAAAAGCCACUGGUAGUUGGUCAUGAGGCGUCUCAUAAUCGAAAUUGCUCUUACACCCAGGGAGUGAUGAAUGGAAUAAAUGUUCUAUGUGGCGUGGGAAUCCUAUCAACACCUUAUGCCAUCAAACAAGGGGGUUGGAUUGGGCUGGUGAUACUCUGUUUAUUUGCAUUGCUUGCAUGGUACACUGGCGUGCUCCUGCGCCAUUGCCUGGACAGCAAGGAGGGCCUCGAGACAUACCCAGAUAUCGGCCAUGCAGCCUUUGGCAGCACAGGUCGCAUAGUUAUCUCGAUAAUACUGUAUGUGGAAUUGUAUGCAUGUUGCAUCGAGUAUUUGAUAUUGGAGAGUGACAAUUUGUCAAAAUUAUUCCCCACUGCACACCUGACCAUUGGGAGCCUGACGCUGAACUCACAUGUAUUUUUUGCAAUCUUGACUACCAUCAUAGUCAUGCCAACCACCUGGCUCCGUGACCUGAGCUGUUUGAGCUACAUUUCAGCUGGGGGUGUCAUUGCAUCAAUCCUUGUGGUCAUCUGCCUGUUCUUGGUUGGGGUUGUCAAUAAUGUCGGCUUUAAGAACGAAGGGACUGCACUGAACCUCCCAGGAAUUCCUAUUGCAAUUGGAUUAUAUGGUUACUGCUACUCAGGGCAUGGGGUAUUUCCAAACAUAUAUUCCUCUCUGAAGAAUCGCAACCAGUUUCCUUCAAUUCUUUUUACAUGCAUUGGGCUGUCUACCUUUUUGUAUGCUGGUGCUGCAGUGAUGGGAUACAAAAUGUUUGGUGAAGCCACAGAGUCCCAAUUCACACUCAACUUACCAGAUAAUUCCCUCAUUUCUAAGGUUGCAGUUUGGACAACGGUGGCAAAUCCAAUAACCAAAUAUCCUUGGACUUGUGAUGGCCUUGGUUGGUUCCUUGUUUGCCAUGCUUGUGACCUAUAUUCUGCCUUGCGCGUGUUUUUUGGCAAUCCUCAAGACAAAAGUGGGGUGGCAUCAGUUUGUAAGCAGUGCUUUAGUGAUAACUUAAGUGAAACAAGGAAGCUAAAGAUUGAGCACAAGACAUUAUCAUAUUCUUAUAUUCUUAUGAACAUGAUUGCACUGAAACAGGCCCCAGUUAGAACUGGGCUCAAUGAUUUGUACUAUGGUUUUAAGGUGGUAUCAUGCGUGACGUGGCUUUGCCAGGGUGGUAGUUCCGAGGUGACAUCGGCACUUGAAAAGCGUGUGAGGACAUGCAUGGUGCACGCCCGCCUGGGGCCCAGAGCAACCGCUUCGGGUGAUGAUGGUGGUCCCAGUCAAGCGGCCGAGGAGUUAAUCCGGCCAAGGACCGAGGAGAUUUACUUGGGGACGCCAACUCUGGGUCACGCCCCCUCGAUCCCCAGGGUGUGUACUGCUGAGGCGGCGGGCGAGCAGGACGAGGCAGCGGAGGAUGUAACGGAGGCAAUCGUGUCUGGGCUGCCAUUGCUGGCCGCCUCGGGCCCCGUCCCCCUCGCGCACGCGUGGGAUCCCAGCCCCCCCUCAUUUACGGCGAUGGAGGCGGAUGUGCGGGCUGCAGAGGCGGCAGAGCCUUUAACUCUGGCUGUAUCGGGCCCCGUCCCCUCCAUGCACGAGCAGGGUACCUAUGACCCUUCGAUUCCUAGGGAGUUUGCAACGGGACAGGAGACCACCACGGCAGCUACUGGAUUGUCAUCAGAGGCUCAAGGCGUGGCGAAGGGAGGCGCGGUCCUGGAGGGGCCUCCCAUGGCGGCCACUCCUGCCCCACCGGGUCGUCAACUUGAACUGGUACAGAGUCUCCCAGUGGUGUACUUCAGGAAGCGUCUCCGCUCAAGGGCCUCUCAGCAUGCACAGGACGCUCCCCAGUCCCCUGUCUCUCCCUCGGCCACUAUAUUACUAAAACUUGACAAAGUGAGCAAGUCCAUCGAUGCUCUGCUCCCCCAUCCCCGGAUUCAGAAACGGAGGGCGAAGAAGCCACCGUCGGGAUCCCUGCCGCGCCGUAGCAGAAGAGUGGCCGGAGCGGAACCUUGUUCCCCGGGGCCGGUGAUCAGUGUAGCUCAGAGAAAGAUGAAUCCUUCAUCAAUUUUGAUUUGGAAUGUGCGGGGUCUCAAUGAUGCUGCUAGGCGCAACUCAGUAAGGGAUGUCAUACUCUCGAGUAAUGUUGAGAUAGUAUGUCUUCAAGAGACUAAGAUUGAGCAUAUGAAUCAACGAGUGUUUCUAUCUGUCUUUGGCUCCUCAUAUGAUAAAUUUGUUGCUUUACCGGCUAAUGGAACUAGGGGCGGAUUUCUGAUUGCCUGGAAGAGCAAUACCUGCCAAGCCAUGGCUACCCGAGUGGAUACAUUUUCAGUAUCUGUUUGGUUCUCGGAACAGGAGGGUCGUAACUGGUGGUUCACAGGAGUGUACGGCCCUCAAGAAGAUGAGGAGAAGGUGAUUUCAAUUUAA